AUGCCUAUGCGUUUGAGAGCUGAAAAGCGUAUGAGAAAGUUGCUUCUCGAGCAACUCAAGGAACGUCAACAACAUGGUGCCAGGAUUGCACAGGGACAUAAGACUAAAGAUGACUUAAUAAAGUUAAAUUUGGGUCCGCAAGUGUUUGUUUUCAAAAAUUUAUUCAGUGGUCAGAUAUUGUAUUCCCAGGUACCUGCUUACCAUCAAGAACAAAUAGAUGCACAAUUUCUCAAUCCAAAUUGGCAAAAUAGAAAACCUUCCAGAAGACAAGAUUUAUGGAAGAUAAUGUGUGUUGCAAAUUUUGACAAUUACGAAUAUGCAACUGCAGCGUACCAAGGAUUGCUAGAUCUCAGAAAGGCAAGGGACAUAUCUCAAAAGAAAAAAUCCAACGAGUUACGGAAGAAGAACGAUGAUGGUAACGUGUGGUUUUCAGGACAGUAUAGACCUACGUAUUCACAAGAAGCCGUAGCGGACUUGGCCCAUGUAAUUGAUGAGUUUGAAUUGGAAAAGACAAAAUUAUUUUGGGAAAAUGAAUGGAGAAGAGGAGAAGAUAAACAUUGGAGAGUCGACUUGGUUGAGCAUGACAAAUUGCCCGUGUUCAAUCUCAAGCAUCAAACGGUAUUGUUGGAUGUUAUGAGAUCCAAAGCAGUUGAGGCGUUUGCUCAAGAAAGGGCGAAACAAGCAAAGCUUGGAAGCGAACAAGAUUCGGACGCUGUAUUUGCUUGA